AUGGAUGCACGGACCAUCCAUUUCCACGCCGUGGAUACGUGGACGGUGGACGUGGAAUGGAUCGCCAGCCUGCUCACAGCGAACACAAAGCCUACGGAAUUGCCCCUUAACUUGAAUGCUGUCCAUGACGCAAUCGAAGCUGCAGCAAGUGUUCGGUUCUUUGGGGGUUCCUCUUUGAGGAUCUUGCGGCAGUUUCUUGAUAAAGGACUGGCUGGCAGAAUCAAAUGCCACUUGCAAGUGGGUUCCUGCGAUAUGUCGGCGAACCUAUUCGCAAAUCAGUUCAAUAUCGCCCUCAACCGAGAGGCUGCCAAAGCAGUGAGUGCUUAA